GGGAAGCCCUCCCCUUCGUGUUGGGAGGAGGAGGAGGAGGAGGAGGGUGGCGCGGCUGGAGGUGCUGCCGGCAGAGAAGCAGCAAAUACGGGUAUACCGGGGGGAGGGUAGAAGAGCCGGUGGAAGAGCUGGGAAGGCGGUGGCAGCAGCAGCGGCGGAGGCUCCUUCUUCUGCUCCAGGCGCGCUGCCCCCUUUUCCCUUCCUCCUUGCCUGCCUGCCUGGGCUCCUGUGUCCGGAGAGGGGCGGCGUGGGGCCAGGCACGCGCCCAAGGAGCUUCCGCUGCUGCCACCCCCGCUGCCUGGAUGCCCGAGGCGCCUGGGGAGCCGGCGGCCGACGGCACUCCGCAGCUGGAGGAGGAGGAGGAGGAUUGUGAGGAAGGAGCGGCCCCCUGGCCAUGGCUUCCAACUUUAACGACAUCGUCAAGCAGGGCUACGUGAAAAUCCGCAGCAGGAAGCUGGGGAUUUUCAGAAGAUGUUGGCUGGUUUUCAAAAAAGCUUCUAGUAAAGGACCCAGAAGGCUAGAAAAAUUUCCAGAUGAGAAGGCAGCAUAUUUCAGAAAUUUUCACAAGGUAACUGAGCUGCACAACAUCAAAAACAUAACUAGACUGCCUCGAGAGACAAAGAAGCAUGCAGUGGCAAUUAUCUUUCAUGAUGAGACGUCAAAGACAUUUGCCUGUGAGUCAGAGCUUGAAGCAGAAGAAUGGUGCAAACAUCUUUGUAUAGAAUGUCUGGGUACCAGACUUAAUGACAUAAGCCUUGGGGAGCCUGAUCUACUUGCUGCAGGAGUUCAGAGAGAGCAAAAUGAACGCUUCAAUGUAUACCUUAUGCCUACACCAAAUUUAGAUAUCUAUGGGGAAUGUACAAUGCAGAUCACACAUGAAAACAUCUAUCUCUGGGAUAUCCACAACGCUAAGGUGAAACUUGUAAUGUGGCCUCUAAGUUCCCUGAGAAGAUAUGGUCGUGAUUCAACAUGGUUUACUUUUGAAUCUGGAAGGAUGUGUGACACAGGAGAAGGGCUAUUUACCUUUCAAACAAGGGAAGGCGAGAUGAUCUAUCAGAAGGUUCAUUCUGCAACUUUGGCAAUAGCUGAGCAGCACGAAAGACUGAUGAUGGAGAUGGAACAAAAAGCACGGCUCCAGACCAGUUUGACUGAGCCAAUGACAUUACCCAAGUCGAUUUCACUUCCUCGCAGUGCAUACUGGCAUCACAUCACUCGGCAGAACAGCGCAGGAGAAAUCUACAGUUUACAAGGUCAUAGCCUCAGCUCCACAAAGGUGACUCGUGCACAGACAUUUCCCAGCUACACCUCAGAGCAAGAUGAGGAACAUGAGUCACACCUGGCACUGUCUAGCAGCUAUGGAUUCAGCUACAGUUCAGGACUCAUCCAAUGACACACACCUUGUGUCUGACCAGAGAGACAGUCUAGUGUGGAAGUUGCCUGUAGACCCUGGAACACUGCUUGAUUCUUUCCUAGGUGUCCAUGGAUGACAAUCUGUAGCGAAAAAAUGAGGACAUAAUGUCUCAAGGCUGGUGACAGUGAAGCUGAAAGCUUGGAUCACUGCUUUCCUGAGGCAGAAUCUAAGUCUUUUAUUUAUUUAAACUUUAUAUUUGUUUUUGUCCAUGUGUUUGGGUUGGAUAUUGGUUUUGUUUAAAAGAAGGAGAAGAAGGAAUUCUCUUUGAAAUUCUGAUGGUGUGCAGAUGAGGUUUCUGCAUGACUGCAAGACUAUCUGCUCCAAAGAAGCUGACACUUGCAGUUUGAGGCUUUUGCUAGUCAGUCAACCCUGUUGUUAAUGUUUGCUCAUCCACCAUGGCCACUUUUAUGUCCUAAGCAUCAGGAUAUCUGCUGGGUCAUUUUUACCCAAUGAACAAAAAUGUAAUACAAAUACUUCAAAAGGAAUGAUGCAACCCUCCCAACAAUUAUGCAGAGUUCUGUCCCAUUGUCCUCAAUGGGAUUUAUGCAUAAAUAACUUUAGGAGUGCAGCCUAAAGUUACAAUUCUGAGAAGGAGCCAGGGACUCUUAAUCAGAUUCUUAUAACUGCAGCUAAUACACAAAAUUGAUAAAUAGAUAGAUUCUGUCCAUGGAAUGGCAUCAUGAUGCUUAGUAGCCUUUCAGAAAAUAGACUGUGUUGUGUAUUAAGAGGCCAUUACCUAGAAUAUUUUCCACACCAAAUUUUUAUACCUAGAUUCUGCUCUUACCUGUGUAUGUUCCUAUCCUAAUUAUCCACAGCUUUCCGCUGGGAACAGUGAUUAUAGAUGUCAGGGGAAGACUGUCAUAAAACAUUGGCAAGUUCUUCCCACUGUAGAUAUUUAAAUAGUGAAGUCUGAAUUUACAAUCAGUAUACUUUUAACUCUGUAUACUGUGCAGGUGAGAACUGAAACCACAUCACUGGAGGCCAGCUCCAUGUCCCAUAGUUUUAUAGGGCAAGAUGCUUGACUAGUAUAAUGAUAGAUAUAAUUAAAGUUCAGUUCUUAUUAAUGAAAUCUCGUAACUAACAACAUGGAUAUGCUCUCUUUUUGUUGCCAUUUUUGUUGUUGUUAUUCUCACUUCCUUCUCCUAUUGUCUAGUGCAUCUAUUCCCUGAACCUUAUGUACAGCCAUAGAUGAGUCAGGACAAAAUUUCACAGCUUCUUUGUAUUGUUGCCAUAUUGACUUUUUUUUUAACUGUCCCUUUACAGUGGACAGCUGCAUGCAACUGGGUUGUGCAAUGCUAAUUUCUGAGUUAUAUUAAAUUUCUAUUGACCUGCUAUGCUCAAUUCGAUUAUUUCCCAAAGAAUAAAAAUAAAUCACACCAGUGAGUAAAAGAAGUAGAAAAGGGAAGGCUCUAAGUAUGCUCUAAGAAGCAGUGUGUAAUAAUAAAAUGUUGUUGUCCAAUACAUUCAAAGUCAGUACCUUCUACUGGGAAUAACUAUUGAUUCACAUUAUAUCAAGAUAAUACUGUAUUUCUUCAAUUGUAAGAUGCACUGUAAUUUUAGUACCACCAACAAAAAUACACAGAAUUUUUGUGUCUGCAAUUCUAAAAUGGACCCCAUUUUAGAGAUGUUUGGGGAAAGUGUGUGUUAGAAUUAAAUACAGUAUUAUUUUCUCAUAACUCCAAUAUUAACGUCUCUGAUUUUAAAUAGUCACCUAAUUCUGGCUAUAUUCCAAAUAUAUUCCAAAUUUAGAUUCUGGCUGAAAAGACCACUAGGUUUUAUUAACAUAUAAUAAAUGUUUCUCAUCUGCAUUUCAAUCAUAUUCUUAGGCUAGCUUUGAAAAUUAAAAAUAUAUAAAUUAAAAGCAGCCCUUCAAAAUAUGCUUCAUAAAACAAUCAUAGUUUAUUUUUUCCCAUGAGGCACAUAAACAGCAUCAGAAUAAAUAUGUGGCAGAGAUGCUGAGGUCUUCCAAAUUAUACAUUCAGGGCAUCCUCACAAAGAAAGUCUUCUCUCUUUGAAUGGCAAAGAAACACAAGGAUGGAUUCUGCUGGUUUUCAAUAUCACAAUAGGCACAUAUGGAGGCAGGUAGUUUUUCAGGUGCCCUGGCAUGAAACUUUAGUGGCCAAAGCCCAGAAUUUCAAAGUUAUAAUGAUAUAUCUGGAUUGCUGUAGCUGGUCACUAUUUUUAAUGCAAAAGAGGAACAAGAAACAGAGCCUAUUCAAGCUUGGCUUUGUGUCCAAAGCCAAAUAAGAUAGUUGGUGACUCCAAGCACUUGGGCUUUGGUCUUAGCUCCAAACAAAAAUUGAAGGAAAUACUCCAAAUAAGAAGCACCUGGCAAUAGCUAUGGCACCAUCUGUAGUUUCUGAACUACACUGCCUACCUCUGACCUGGGUGAGAUCUUUACUUAGCACCUUUCCAUAACCCAGUUUCAUGCAAUUUUCCACUGUGACAAUAAAGAAAAGAGGAAAAAAAUAUCAACUGUCAUUGGGGAAAUGAGAAUUCUUUGUGAAUUGUUGUUUUAUAAGUUCUCAACUCUGAAAGUGCUUGAGGAAUAGCUCAUUAUAUGGUAAGCACAGUAACUCUGAGCAUGUGUAAAAUGUGUGCCCUUAGGGGACACGAUGCCUGUCAUGGAAUGCUACUUUCAGAGACCUGAGCUGCCAAUUUAAAAAAAGAGUAAUUCUGAUAGGAAGGCAUCAGGUGGGUCCGCACCUGCCCUGCAUUUUAGAGAUGUUAUAUAAAAUCCAUUGCAGAGUGUGAGAUGUGUUAUUAAUUAGUAAUGGCAUAGACACAGUGGGAGGCAUAAGAGUGGAUGUGCAAAAGGAAAUCCUUUUGUCCUGUGUACUUCAGCCUCCAUAAAGGUCACUGUGAUGAACGUGUAGGAAACAAGCCCCAUAAGCACUAGAAACUCUAGGGAGGAACAUUUGCCGUGAGCAGACUGCCAAGCAGUAGAGUUUCCUGCCUUUCAUUGUUUUAUCAGGCCAGCGCAGGAUGUGCUGAACAGAAAAGUGUGAGAGUCUUCUCUCCCUCCAUCAUCCUCGCAAGACCAUAUUUUAUCUAUUGCAGUUUGAAACAGUGAAGAAAGGCUUUUCAUAUAUGGUAUGGGAGAAAUGUCUGCUUUGAUUAAACAUUUAUUGAUACAUAAAAGUGGGAGGUUUUGUUUCCCCCAAGCCUUUUCAGCAGUCUAAAAGGCUUCAGGUUUGUAGCCCUCAAUGAGCAGCUGCUGAUUAUAGCUGGGCUGUGAUAUGAUGGCAUUGAUGGUGUUGUCUCUCAUUUUCUUCCUAUCUUACCAACUGCAUUUAUUAUUAUUAUUAUUAUUAUUAUUAUUAUUAUUAUUAUUAUAACAAUAAACUUUAUAUCCCGGCCCUUUCUCCACAAGGACUCGGGGCAGCUCACAACAGAGUCAAAUCAUAGUACAUACAUAAGCAGAAAGCAAAAAGACAA